AUGUUGAUUUUAUUUUGUCUAAUUUUUCUCUCAUAUUCUUUGACCUUUGAAAAUUGGGUUAACCGUUAUAACAAGCAGUUCACAACAGCAGAAUUACUUCGACGUCGCGCGAUAUAUAUUGACAAUUUAAAUUACGUUGUAGAGCAUUCCGGUAUCAACGGAGUUCAACUUUCUUUAGAUGGACCUUAUGCUACUUUGACUAACGAAGAGUAUAAGUCCCUUUUGCGUCUUCAAAGUGUGUCGCCAAACACUCAAUCGAAAAAGAAGACUGUAGAUUACCAAGACGACGAUGUGCCAACGAGUUUUGACUUGAGAAAUUAUAAUCACAAGAACUACGUGAACACACCCGGGGACCAAGGCAAUUGUGGCAGUUGUUAUUCUUUUGCUAUUACUGCGUAUCUUGACACGAACAUGUUACUUAAUUAUGACGAGUACACUGUCAACAGUUUCAGACUAUCUACCGCAGAGAUUAUAUCGUGUGCUAAUAACAACUAUAAGGACUGUCAUGGCUGCGAUGGAGGAAGUCUAUCGUGCGGCUUACAAUACGUCAAAAACAAGGGACUUUGCCUUGAAGAACAAUUCAAGUUUUGCGGGAAGGACAACAACUGCCCGUCUGCUAAUAACCUCCCUGAACGAGCCACGGAAAUCGAUGGAAUUGAAUCUGCCAGCUUCUCUAUGGACUUGGAAGGGCAUAAAAGAAUUAUUUAUAAGCACGGAGGCUCACUAACAGCGAUGGAUAGUUCUAGGAUGUCUUACCAAUUAUACGCAGGGGGAAUUUAUCAAGACAGCAGAUGCAGUCAGAUCGCAUUGAAUCACGCAGUAAACAUCGUUGGGUAUGGCGUCGAAAAUUAUAUCCCCUAUUUCAUCGUAAAGAACUCUUACGGCUCGAAUUGGGGAGAAAUGGGGUAUAUCAGAGUCAGAGCAGAUAAUAAUAUGUGUGGCUUAUCGACUAAUGUCUACUGGGUCGAUAAAGUAAAAAAGGCGUAA